AAAUUUAAAGUCUACUUCUUAUCUGGCAUAAUCUUGAAUAUAUAUAAUAUUAUUAAUAGUAAUAAGAUAAUAAAGCUACCUUUAGAAAGAAUUUUUAUGAAUAAAAAAAAGGAUAUCUACAUGGAAUACUGCUACUAUAAGGAUCUUUUAUUAAGGAAAGUGCAGCUAUCUAAUAUUAUAAAAUAG